AUGGAUAACUAUAUCUACAAGCAACCAUCUGUUGACAAUAAAGAUUCUCCGAAAAAAGGUACCAAAAAUUCCGCAAACAAGGAGAGCAAAAAAGAUGGAGGAGUUCUGUCGCUACUUGGUAAGAAAAAGAAACCUGCCCGACAAAAGAAGGCACAGGAACUGAAACGUCAGAGUCGUGUUCUGACGACAGAUUCCUCAUCUGCCAUUGGUAAAAGGUAUGGAAGUGUGGACUGUAGUCCUACAAGUCCUCCGUGGCGAGGUGCAGGGCGUGGCUCUGGACGCACCUCCAUAGGAUCCUGUCCAAACAGUCCGAUGAUGACAGGAUACCAAGGGCCAAAAGCUAACAUAAUGACAAAGUCAGCUUUUGAGGCAUUUUGGAAUGGACCGGAGCCCCUGUUUGAUCCGACACAAGGUCCGAAAGAGUACAAGAAGGAACUGUCUCCGGAGUCAGAGACAGGAAACAAGGACAUACACUUAAAACCCGGAGGAAGUCCGGAGGUACAUCGGAUACAGCUGAGAGUCAGUACUGCAGCUCCCCCCACUAGGCCCCCGCCAGUGUAUCAAAACGCUGCCCAGCUACGAUCUCCACCACCGAAACCUAAACAUACUGUCGACCACAAUUGUGCUGCAGGACAUUAUACACGGUACAGGUUUCCAUCUCCUGGAGUUAGUCCGGAAAUUCAACGUAGCAACACACCAAACUCGUCACGGCAAAAUUCUCAGGAUAAUGACAUUCCGGCUGAUGCACCGAAAUCCACUGCCACAAGUGUGUUACCAGACCACUACAAAUACCUGAGUGAUUAUACAUACAGUGAGCCACCCCCGAAACCCAAGCACAGCAUGCCACAGCAAUUCAUCGUACAGGAGGGCAUAUAUAACGAGAUGGUCACGGAACAAACUCCACGAAAUGUUGUCCCACAGCAGUAUGUUACACCAGACGAAAUUUACUCAAAGGCAAUGCCCGAAAAAAUACAAAAAAAUAAUAAUCGGAAACAGUGUGAUAAAGACGAAGGAAUUUUUUUAAGUGCAAGUCCUGAUAAGGGACAUCGUAAUCCAACUCAACAAAUCGCAUGUUCAGAAGGAAUUUAUUCUCAGGGAAGUCCAGAAAGAGGACGUCGCAGCACAAUGUCUUCAUCGUCACAAUCAAGUCCAGAAAGUCCUCGUGCACAAAUUAUCCGUUGUUCUCAACACAUUCACUCAGGAUCAGGGAUUAUACGGAGGCAACAGAGUCUCCCAACUCCAGGAAAUAGCCCCGAGAUUCAGCGUAUCUUACGAUCAUGUCCUCCUCCCGAGGAUAGUCCCUCUCCUCCUCUGCGAGCCAGGUCAGCCAUGGAAGAAGGUAUCUACUGGACCGCGGCCCCGGUGCAAGUGAAAUUGAAUCACCAUGGUAGUUUGGAGGAUAUAAAGGGAGGUUACUCCAGUGAGCCAGACACUAUCGUGUGGACGUCAAAUCAUUCAAACUACUCUGCAAUACAAUCUCGGAGUUUACCACAGAAGCCACCAUCUUCAGGUCGAAACCAGGAACAACAUCGCAAAAAUGCACCUCGUAAAAAUCCACGGCGACACACUGUAGGGGGCCCAACCUUAAUGCAGGAAACACCCGAGGAUACUGCGGAGGAAUUUUACAAAAAAAAUAAGUGUUGUUUUGGACUAAUUGGAAUAUCUGGGGCAGAUAUGUACCCAACAACGUAA